UUCAGCACCUGCAGUAUGUUGCAUUGAAUUUGUCUGUUCUAAUCUAAUGAAAGCUAAUGUCCUAGUGUAAAAAAAAUAUUGUGGGACUGGGCCUGAUAGUGGGAAACGAUAUGAGGUUGGAGAGACAAGCUGUGUGUGGCUGAUAGACAGUAUAGUACACAUAGAUUAGGGGAAAUGUGACUGGUUCAAGUUCCAGGUAAAUUCACCCUGAAGGAACUCAGCACUAGGGCCUGACCUGCAAACCAGUGGAUAUCCGGUUCAUGUUCUAUUAGAUCCAGUGUCAAUAAUACCAUCCUGUAACCCACUAAUGCCGGAAAUAAUUGUCUCAAAACCAUGGGGCAGUCUGCCUCUGGUAUCCGAACCCAUUUACAUACCUCGUUAUUUUCUCUUUUGCCCUAUUUAUUUAUUUUUGUAACUUAUGGUAAUUGUUACAUCUUGCACCGUACUGCUGCCGCAAAACAACACAUUUCACGACAUGUGUCAGUGAUAAUAAACCUGAUUCUGAUAUCUUUGGACCGGGAUAGACGUGAGAAGGCGGUGCAUAUGCAGCGUUUUUCCGCAUUUUAUUCUUUCCCCCAGAAAGAGGAAGCUCCCUGAUAUUAUUAUUUAGAGGGCAUUUUCUCACUCGGAUGCCUUUAAUGAACACCCAUAUAAAAAGGACAAAACAAUCAGUCUGUUUCAAAGAAAGGGUUUGCAUUUUCCUACAGUGCCUUCGACACAUGUCAAUGUGGCCCCAAGAUGUUUUCCGAUCUCGAACUGUCAGCACCUGUCGCGGUGGAGAGAGGAUAUCAGACAGUUGCCGCACGGCCCAUGGAAAUCAAGCCCGGGCUUCAGAUUCUGGGUGAUGGGUAAAGACCGGGCUGGAACGGGGCAGGGUCACCGCCCGCUCUCCGUGCCCUCUGCAACAGCCCAACGUUGGCUCUUCACCCUGCUAACCCUUGGAGUAAUAUACCGGGAAUCUCUCACAGUCCCAGAGGAUGUCCCCUCCCUUGGUCAUCCACUGGGCGCCCGCCUUUGAUGCUGAACCUCCGACCUCAGAUGAAUUAAUGGGCCGCGGCAGCGAAAGGGUUAAACGCACAGCAAAAGCUCCUCCUGGCUGGGUGUUGUGAUUGGCGCGGCAGAAAGGAGGCGGAGAGUCAAAGCAAGAGAGUGCAAAAAAAAUCAGUUGUCAGUGAGGAAAUAGCAGUUCCAGGGCGAGAGAGGUGGAGGGGAAGAGGGGAGGGAGACUGAGAGAGAGAGAGAGACAGGGGCCGGCGGGUUCCGACCUCCCAUUCUCACCCAACUCGGGAGCAAGAACUGGCCGCGUCUCCUUCAAUAUGCAGCCUCCCGCCUAGAGGAAACGAGGAGCCACUCUCCAUCCCCCGAGGGCAGACCCUGGUCCAACGGGGGCAGCAGCCGCCGCAGAGACGGGGUCACAUCUCCUCCUCCUCCUGCUCCAAAAUCCAACGAAGGCAGAGAGCCGAUGUUCGCCUGACUCCGGGACACAUCCAGAGGUGCCGCCGUUUUACCGCAGCGGGACACGCCUUUUGCACCGCUGAGACACAUCGCCAUUAAACGCAGUGCAGCGAGGCAUCAGGCGCGGCGCCUCCAACGCACCGGAGAGCUGCUCUUCGCUACAAGCUGCAGAAGGGCUUGGAUUAAUCCUGAUGUUUGCUUUUUGCACCGGACCCGCUGCCGUGCACGUCUGCAAGGUCCGGAGAGCAGGGUCGCCACCCUCCGCCCACACACAGUGAGCUCUCCCCCCCCAACACUCGUCUGCGGCUUCGUCCAGCGGCGGCGCCCUCUGAAGGAACACGGCCAACCCUCUACCCCCCUCCUCAGCCCCGCCAGCCAAAUCUCCGGGCCGCCAGCUCAGCCAUGGGCACCGUGCUCUCCCUGUCGCCCAGUUACAGGAAGGCGGCACUCUUCGAGGAUGGUUCGGCCACCGUGGGUCAGUACACGGCCGUGCAGAACAGUAAGAACUCCAAGGACAAGAACCUCAAGCGCCACUCCAUCAUCUCUGUGCUGCCCUGGAAACGCAUCGUGGCCGUCUCCACCAAGAAGAAGAACUCCAAGAAGGUCAACCCCAACAACUACCAGAACAACGUCACCCACCUCAACAACGAGAACUUGAAGAAGUCCCUCUCCUGCGCCAACCUCUCCACCUUCGCUCAGACCCAAGCCCCGGCCCAACGCGUCAACCAAUUGCCCAGCAGCAAGAACGCCGUCUCCUCGGUGAAGAAAACUCCCCACGGGACGUCCGGCAGCUCCAGCUCCCCCAAGAGGGUCAUCGUCCAGGCUUCCACCAGCGAGCUGCUGAAGUGCCUGAGCGAAUUUCUGUGCCGCAGAUGUUACCGCCUCAAGCACUUGUCACCCACCGACCCGGUGCUGUGGCUCCGCAGUGUGGACCGCUCGCUCCUGCUGCAGGGUUGGCAGGAUCAAGGCUUCGUCACGCCGGCUAACGUGGUCUUUGUUUACAUGCUGUGCCGGGACGUGAUUUCAUCGGAGGUAGCCACCGAGCACGAACUGCAAGCCACCCUGUUGACCUGCCUCUACCUGUCCUACUCCUACAUGGGCAAUGAGAUCUCCUACCCGCUCAAACCUUUUCUAGUGGAGAGCUGUAAAGAGGCUUUCUGGGACCGCUGUCUCAGUAUAAUCAACGCCAUGAGUGCGAAAAUGUUGCAAAUUAACGCGGAUCCUCACUUCUUCACUCAGGUCUUCGCCGACCUAAAGAGCGAGAGCGGCCAGGAGGAACGAGGCAGAGUAUUGAUCGGGUUAGACCGGUGAUUGUUCGCCGGGGCCCUCAAGACUCAUCGAUACAUCUACCGAGACAGCUCGAUUGAGUGUGCAUCCUUUUUGUUCUUUUGUUCCAUUGGGGUCUAGUACAAAAGAGAUUUAUUCCAUGCUGCUAAAGGUGUUUUAGAACAAAUAUAAAAUCGGUCCUGCAAAAACGGCACGUUUUCCUCUCUCUCUCUUUCUCUAUCUGAAUCGCUCCAGUGGUAUUGUGCAUGCAAACUAUCUGUGUCCCUGACAUCAUCUUAGUACAACUGACUCUCGCAACAAGAACCCCACUUGGCAAGAAAAAAACACCCUAAGGAAAAUAUCGAGUAUUUGGGCUUUUUUUGGGGGGGGGGGUUAAACAUUUAAGAUAAGUAUUUAUCAACAUGGAGACUGGGGUAGGGAGUUUUUUUUUGCCGUUCUCGGAUGCACGUGUCUGUGUUUCUCUGAAUCAGGUGACUGCGAAGCCUGCAAAAGGAUGUGCCAUUUUCACAGGAAGUCUGUCAGAUGGGCUUCAAGCUGUACAUUCUGGAAGUGCUAAUAUAUGAAGAUGUUUCCCAGUGCAAUUUGUUAUUUAAGAACAAGUGAAAAUCUCUGUUGACCAAACGGUGUUAUUUGUUGUAUGUAUGUGUGUAGGGUGUGCGUGUGUAUGUAUGUGUGUGUGAGUGAGUUUAAGGAUUUUGGUGUCACAAUGCUGUAAACAGCGACGGCUGUAUUUUACGUUGAAAUUUUUUUAAUUUUUAUUUAUUUUUGUACUGUGAUGAAUAAACUGCACUGAUCAUUCAUGA